AUGAUGGAGUGUGAGAUCAGACACCAAAAUGCAAUAAGAAAGCAUGGAAUUGUAUUUGGAGUAGUAGUUCCAAAAAAUAUACCAGUAAAAUUGGCAGCCGUCUAGUCCUCUUGGGAUUUAGAGCAUUUGAAAACAUAGGGAAUCAAUCUUUUUGAUAAGGGAAGCUAGAAGAAAAUAUAUUUAUAGCUACACAAGUAGAUCAAAGGUGAAGAUCUACCUAUAAAGUAAAGUCGAGCAGGUCCUUAGCCUGCUCCAAAUCAGAAAAUUAAGAUGCAUGAUUUUACUAAUGGAAAAGUACCUUAAGAGUUUGCAUCGCAGCUUGAAGGCUCACCCUUCAUUAAAGGCAGCACAAAAAUGAAAGCAAUCGACAUUGAGCGUACUAUAAAAGAAGUAGAUGGGAUACAAUCUCAAAGAGAAUAGACAAAAUCUAAGGGUACUAAUUAAACUAAUAGAUCAAUUAUGGAACAAGCAAUACAGAGAUAAAAAACCAAAAAAUAGCAUCAUGCCUAUAGAACAACUCGAGCAGAAGAAGUAGAAAAAUUAGCCAGAGAACUUUAAGACUGA